CAUUAUUUUUUUAUAUUUGUAUUUUUUCUCAUCUUUUUUUGUUUCCGCUUCAUAAUGCAACCUCACGUGAAUAAGAAUAACUUGAAAUUUAAGAUAAUGGAAUAGAGAUUAAACUUACUUCAGCCAGAGGAAAACAUAUGGCACAAUUCUGACGAGAUUUAAGAAAUAUUAACUGUCCUGGAAAUGCGGCAGCAUACGUAACAUUACGCGAUUUUAUUAAUUACGCGACGUGCGACAUGUGUGACGUGCAACGUCCGACCAUGGGCGGCAUGGGCGCAGCCAUGCCUGUGAUGUUGAAAUAUGGCCGUACCUGGUACCCUGCGCAGAAUCCCAAAUUCGUCUCAAGAACGAGCACACCUAAGGCACUAUAAAAGUGAGUAUUCUCACGUCCGCCAUUUUUCUUCAAACUAGUCAAGUAACUAGCAUGAUGUUUUAUAUAUAUAAUACAUCGCAAUAACUUUUAUAGUCUCAAGAUCAUAAAUGUGUCUUCGUUUUAUUGUCGCAUAAAGUUUGGCGUUUCCAAACAUUAUUAACGUAUAUAUGUACAAAACAUACCUAACUUUUCAUGUUAGUUACUUGCUAAUUUGAAGAAAAAUGGCGAACGUGAGAAUACCUACUUUUCUAGUGUUCUAGCACACCUUACAUUCUUCCACCAUGAUCUUAUAUAAGAUCUAUACACGCCAGCAUCAACCGCUAUUGUGCUCCGCAUGCGCGAAAAAAGCGGCACGAACAGCAACACUGAUUGCCUCGUGAAUCAUCCAGAAAAACAGAUUGAAGUUAACGCGAGUCGCAUGUGUGAGUAUUCUCCCGACAGAGACUUUUACGAAGUUUUGCGCAAUCAAUCUAAAUUGAUUAAAUUAACUUUAAGGUAAUUAUUAAUUUAGACCCAUCACCUCAAAUAUCAGAUGGGUAAAUAAUUACCACAACUUUAAUUCGCCGGUUGAACAUGUGAAAUUACAAGUGAUAAUCGGUCGAUACGCGCCAGUGACAUUUGCAAAUAGUACGGGCGGUAUCGCGACAAAGUGCGAAAAAAACGAACUUUUAUUUUACGCACUUUUCUUCAUUCGUAUUUUGUACGUGUCAUUUUGGGAACAUUUCAGUGGCUGCCUUUUUGGAAAAUUUUUUGCCGAACUACACGAGAGAUCCUUAAGCAUCACAAUGGAUUAUGAGAUACCUUGUGAUUUACAAACACCUUAUCUGCAAGCGAUUCAAAAGAUACCAGGAGAUACUGCUAGUAAGAAACUGAGUUGGAUCGGAAAAUUAAUUUCACACCGGACCAAUGAAGAUUGUGAACAACUUUCGCCAGAAUUAUUACCCAUACUACGUGUAGAAACUGCUAUCAAAGAGAAGAGACACGAAGAUAUCACAGUGGCGCUUAUGAGCGAAGAUUCUACGAUUACAAACCGGGCUCUCAAGGCCUCUUGGUUCUUUGACGGCAGUCAUAAAAAUAUUAUCAAUGUCGCGUAUUUCUGUGAAUGUCUCUUUCCCAAGGUUUGCUUGAAUACAAGGAUGCGUAUUGUGCUUGCACUCGCGUAUCGUGGCAAGGAUUCAGUUUUCGCGCAGGAGAUGUUCAUGGCUAUAACAAAUACUUACGGUGUUCAAACUGCCUACCCAUUGAUUAUAGCUUGCGAUGAAUCUUUUGCUUAUAAAAUGAUCGUGGAAAAGGAACUCGUACUGCCUGUAGAAAUUGUUAAAAAGAUCUUUCGCAAGAAUCCAGAUUUGGUAGUGCAAUUUCUCAAAUUACUGAAACCAGUAAACGUGACUGAGCGCACUCCCUUUGCGAUUGGCAUUAAUAAAUACAAGUUUUUCCUACCUAAGUUAAUAAAGAAGCGACUAGAAGCAUUUGUGGAACUAUGUGAGAUUCAUGAAGCACAUCCACCGACUAUUACUUUGAGCAACAAAUGUACCGAAAUAUUCCUAAAGAAAGCUCAGCAACACUUUAUAAAAAAGCCAUUUAUAUAUAUUCGUAUGUUACCACUCAAGAAGAUCAACGAGAAGUUGAUGGAGAGCAUAUUUCCCGGUUUAUUGCCUGCACAAAUUUCUUCUUUCAACACAAAUAAAAUGCUCGAUUAUUUGAAGCACUAUCCACAGAAUAAAAGAUAUGAUUUGCUCCGUAAAUCAUAUAAGAACAAAUAUGAUGCUGAUAUUCUCAAUGAAAUAGAAAAUGUGACACCCGCCUUAUUACGAUUACUACCCACUGAAGAGCGAAUCAAACAGGCUAGAAUUAAAAUCGAGAAGCAGAAUUUAGAAGAGAUUUCUGACGACGAUUCUGAAAUAAUACACGCAGAAUAUGAAAAAGCUUGGAUUUGUUAUUUAUCGGUUAAUGAAGCCAUACCAGCUAUUAAGGAAAAAAUAAAUAAAACAUCACGUGAAUUAUACAGAUUUAAUCUUUUCGUGCGAAUGAUGUAUGUUUGUAAAAUUAACGAGGAUGAUGAUGCAUUGUUCGAUACUUUGACAUAUUUUUUGAAUAGAUAUGAAAAUGAAAACUCUCGUGUAUUUGAACAAAUGUUUAAUUACCUUUUGAAAAUGUACAACGUAUCUUAUUUAAAUGAAAAGCUGGUUUUUUUUUUAUUGAAGAUUAUCCGAUUGUAUUAUGUAAAAACUGAAUAUGUAGGUACGGCGGACAUACUCUCAGCUGUAAUACGCUUCAAACUUAUCCACAAUAUGCCAAUUGAGGAACUGAUCGACAUGUUUCUAGAUAAUAAUCGACGGUACAUAAGCUUUAAUAUACUUCAAGAAAACCCACAAUAUGAGAGACUAUGUCUUGUGACUUUUGCAAAUCAAAUUGAAAAAAAAUCUUUUAAAGAUCUGCGUGAAAAAGUAACCAACUUUUGCCGAUUAAUAGUAGCAAUGUACGAUUUCAAUGAUAGAUGUAAAAAAUCGCGCAUUGAGAUAGAAAAAAUGACAAUUACAGAUUACCCCUGGCUGAUGAAUGGUGUUUUUCAAAUGAUAUGUUCCAAAGAAUGGUAUUUCGAACCUUGUUGGAAUUUAAAAGAUAUAUUACGGAAGAACGAACCAAAAUUGUAUGGCUGUUGGUUCUCUUCAAAGAAUAAUAUCGCGAAUAUAACAUCAGGCGCGGCACUCAUUUUAUUGAAACGAGAUUUACAAAAUGUAUUGGACAAUUGGGAAAAAUACUUAGAAGAUUGUAUGGAGAACUACCGUUCUAAAUCCGUGCAACGUUUCAUCAGAGCCACGCGUUGGUAUAAAGAUUUACCUAUUAAAUUUACUAAACGUUGCAUGAAUUAUAUGCAUGAUGAAGAUACAGAUGAGCUAUCAUCUAGCGUAGUUAUCCUGGCCAUCUUACUUCACGGUAACGUGUUGACAAAACUAAUUAAUCCUCUCAUAACUACGGAAAUAACGGUAGACACCAGUCAUGAAAACGCCGAGGAUAAUUACAUGUUUAUAAAAAAUUUAUCAUUAAGCAUAAACCUUUCUAAUCCACCGAUACCUCUUGAUCUUGUAGCUAAGGGAUUAUUGUGCAAAGGGGAUUAUUUGUCAAUAGCUUUAAUGACACUAAUAAACAUAAGUAGAAGAACCUCUAUACCAAAUGUGAUAUCAGUUGUGCAGAAGUUGAUGAAUAUGCCUGUGAGCACGCAAAAGGGAUAUGGGAUUAGAUUGAUGUAUCUAAUAGCUUCCGUGCGUGAACUCACGGAUUUUCUCCAGAAAGCAUGGGCGACCGAGAAUCAUCAUUCAAUACGAAAAGUUUUGUUCAAUGUGCUUCAGAAGUUCUUUGUUACAAAACCAACUUCCGAAACUUGGUCUCUAUAUUAUCAAACUAUGUCGACGUUUAGUCUUAAGGAUGAACGUCUACUUUUGGAUGUAAAAUUGUUUCCCGAAAUCUCAAAUAAAUAUGUCACGAAAUAUCUUGAUUUGUGGUUGAAGACGAUAGACAAUCUUCGAGAAAUGGGACUAAAUGUUUACAGAACAAACAAACAUAUUGCCAAGUGUUUAUCAACGCUUACCACACCUGUUUUCCACCUUCUACCUGAUAAAUUUGCUGAGAAUAUACUUCGAAGAUUUUUAUUCUACAUGGAUAAUGGAGUGUCCUCGGCAGCGAGAGACUUUACAAUAUUAUACAUUUUAUCAGAGGACAAGGACAAACAUACAGCACGUAUUAAAAUAUUUGCCGACGUGUUUCACAAAACGGUAACAACUUAUUGGAACGUACCCGAUCCUACCAAACGUUCCUAUCCAAUUAACAAAGCCGUGCAUCUAUUCAUAGAUGAACUUGUUUUUAGCUAUAUCGAUGCGUUUUAUUUCAAAAGGUUUACUAAUUUGGAACUCAUCGAUAAUAUGCAAAUAAUAUUUUCAUCGGUCUUGUCGCCCGAACAGGACGCUUGGUCCUAUUUGCUCUUGGUGUAUGCCAAAAAGUUUCAAGAAUACAUCAUAUCAACCGAAGAAUCCUUUGGCUUGAAAAUUGGUCAACAGUUGCAAGAAUUAAUUGACAUUUUCUCGUUGCAAUUAGUUCCAUUUAUGGCUGAGGUACUCAUAUAUUUUUUGCGUAAAGUAUAUUUGGAAGACGACUUGGAAGAAGUCAUGCUUGAUGUUAUGGAAGAGCUUAUAGAAGCUGAUAAUACAGAUUCCUGUUUUAUAGCUGUGAAAAUGUUACCGUCAACAAUAAAGACAAAGCAUAUAGCAAGAUAUAAUCGACUUAUCGAAAAAUUUCAAGAAAUGAAAGAGAAAUCUAUUAUCACGACCGUUUUAUACAAUUAUUUAAACAAAACGGACUUAACAACUACUAAUUAAAUAAAUCGAAGAAACAAACUAAUCAGGUUUAUAUUUUCUGCAGUAAUAUUUUCGCAAAGCACGUGUAAAGACCAUAAUGGAAAAGGCGUACUAGAGACAGAGUAAGGGAAAGGAACGUGGAAGUGGACAAGGUAGCUGCGAGGUAGAAAGAUGAAGCAGGGUGUCGGCACCAAGACGUUGAGCUGAUAAAAAGAGAACCGGGAUACAUAUCAAUCAACCAAACAUAUUAAAGUGGAUUCUUUCCAUCAAGGGCGCUGUCCAGGAAGUCGUGCGAGUCACACGACAGGGUACUGAGGUGCUGUGUCACCCGGGAGACAUUUUCUGCCCAUUUAAGAGAGGAGACGAGAGCAUUGGUCUUGCGGAGCUUACUGCAGUGGAAUGAGAUCCUAAAAAUCCGCAUUCUACUGGGCUGAUCGUACGGACAGUUGGAAAACAAGGUCAGCUGGUCACAGGCCGAUCUCUGCAUUGUCGAGUGAUUGGAGCCGGAGUGAAUUGUCAACGUUAGACGCCAAGACGGGCCCGACGAACUUGCGUAAACCACACGUCGAAGCCACGUAACGAUCACAAAGUGAUAGAAAUCUAACGUUAUUGCGUUAUUUAUUAUGAUUAAUAUUAUAAAUUAAUAACACGUGUAAAUUAUUGCGCUUAACGCCUUAAAUUGAAAGCGGUGUUUCUUGUCUUUUGUAUUUUAUUGCGAAUUGUUCUCCUUAUAAGAACUCCCUCCUUUUUAAUGUAAAAAAUUUUAAUUUAAAUAUAUUCUUACGCGUUGCAUACACAUAUGUUAGCAUAUUACAAUAUUGCAGCAAUAUUACAAAAAUAUUAUAUAUUACGUAAUGUGUCAUAAUGUAAUGUUGCAGUUCUUUUAUUAUUAAAAUAUAAUUGAAUGCAUUGCAAUA